CAGAGAUGGAACCAAGGAGGUUAGAGGGGAAAUGGGAGAAUGAAGAGCCGGACACUGAGGAGCCUCUGCCCACAAUAAAGAGGGAAAUGGAUCCCGUUCCUGGGGCCGAUUCUCCAGUGAUGGAAUCAGAAAUAUUACAGAUAAAGAUCAAAGAAGAAGAACCAGACUAUGAAGAUGAUCCAAACCCAAUGGAAAGCUUGGAAGGAUCACUUACUGAUGGGGACGGCUGUGAUAACGAGGAAUGGAAAUGGCAGUCACAGAUUUCCGGGGGUUUCUCCGACACUUUGGAUACAAGUGAGGGUCCUGGGAUACUUAUAGGAGAGACUGCACCGUAUAAAGCAGAGAGCGACUCAGACUGCGACUCGCUGACCAGCUGGGGGGCAGAAGAGGAGGAUAAGACAUUGGGCUUUAUCUGCUUUAAGUGUGGGAUCAGGUUCUCUGCGCACAGGGAUCUCCUUACGCACCUCUGUGGCCAAUACGAGGAAGGCCAAGAGGGGCAACAACAGGACUUUGCUGGGGAGAAACCAUUUGCACCUAUAGACUGUGGGCAAAUUCAGAAGACAAUCAUAACGGGGGAGAAACCAUUCACCUGUGCAGAGUGUGGAAAAGCUUUCUCCUCUAAGAGGAACCUUUGCAACCACCACCAGGUCCACACGGGGGAGAGGCAUUUCACCUGUACGCAGUGCGGCAAAAACUUCUUCUCCAAGAGCAACCUUCACGCCCACCAGAAUAUCCACACGGGGCUGAAAACCUUCACGUGUACGGAAUGCGGCAAAAGCUUCUUCCGCGAGAGCCACCUGCGCCGACACCAGAACGUACACGCGGGGGAGAAGCGCUUCUCGUGUGUAGAAUGUGGGGAAAGCUUCGCUACGAAGAAACACUGUAACGUCCACCAGAAAAGUCACGUGAUGGGGAAAUCAUUCUCGUGCAAAGAAUGUUCCAAAACGUUCUCCCUAAAGAACCUUCUUCAGAGACACCAGAAGAUCCACACGGGGGAGAAACCAUUCACCUGCUCAGAGUGUGGGAAACGUUUCUUACGGAAGAGCCACCUUCAGCGGCACCGCAAGAUUCACACCGCAGACAAACCUCUCCCCGAUACAGAGUUUGCUACCACCAUCAUCCAAUGUGGCCCUCGUAGGAAACGCCUUAAGCCUCGCGCAGGGGAGAAGCGUUUCUCUUGCACAGAGUGCAGCAAAGCCUUCUCUCGGAAAAGCAACCUUCAGAGCCACCAGAAGCUUCACUCCGGGCAGGAACUGUUCACCUGUACAGAAUGCGAUAAAAGCUUCUCCUAUAAGAGCAACCUUCUCAAUCACCAGAAGAUUCACACGGGGGAGAAACCCUUCACCUGCACGGAAUGUGGCAAAAGCUUCUCCCACAAGUGGAACCUCUUCAACCAUCAGAAAAUUCACACGGGGGAGAAACCCUUUGCCUGCGCGGAGUGCGGGAAAAGAUUCUCCUUAAAGAACAACCUGAAAAACCAUCAGAAAAUCCACACGGGGGAAAAACCAUUUGCGUGCGCGGAAUGUGGGAAAUGCUUCUCUUUGAAGAGCCACCUCCAUAGCCACCAGCGGACACACACCGGGGAGAAACCAUUCACAUGUAACGAAUGCGGCAACAGCUUCUCUUCCAAAAGUUACCUGGAAGCUCACCAGAAUAUUCACGCAGGGGUGAAGCCCUUCUCCUGCGCGGUGUGUGGGAAAAGCUUCUUCCGAGAAAGUCACCUGAACAGACACCGCAAUAUUCACACCAGGGAGAAACCAUUCACCUGCACAGACUGCAGCAAAUGCUUCCCUACCAAGAGCCACCUCCAGAGACAUCAGAACAUUCACACCGGCCUCAGGCCUUUCCAAUGCACAGACUGCGGGAAGAGCUUCCCCACCAAGAGCCACCUUCACACGCACAAGAACGUUCACACCGGCUUGAAACCCUUCUUGUGUACGGAGUGCGGCAAGUGUUUCUCACGGAAGAGCCACCUCCAGAAACACCAGAGAACUCACACAGGGGAGAGACGCUACACCUUCGAGGAGUUUGAGAAAAGCCUCAUGCAGGAAAGCCACAGACUGCAGCUCAGCCUCCCCCUACAGGAGCCUCCUUCUCCAUCAGCAGAAACACCUCAAGGCUGGAUGGGAUCCCACAAGCAGCUCCCACAGCCACCGGAUAGUCUGGGAUUUAAAGAGAAAAAGCGCGCCCUCCGAGCCCUGGCCCCUCCCCUUACAGCAUGUUUCCGGACAUGCGCAGAAGGGGAGGCUGAGCCCGGGCAGCCAAUAACAACACAGGAUAAGAUGUCGGCCCCUCAGCCCCAUAACCGCAGCCACAAGCCGGCAGACGAGGAGGAGGACCCCCUAGAUCACAUGAUUGGCCGUACGGGCUGCGCGGCGGCUCAUUACGCGGUGCAGGAGUGCAUGGCAGAGCAGCAGGACUGGAGGAAGUGCCAGGCACAAAUGGAAAGCUCAGCAGCGCCACUUACUGAUGGGGGUUCCCCAGAGCCACAGCCAGAAAUAUUACAGAUAAAGAUAAAGGAGGAAGAACCGGACCUUGAGGACCAUCAGAUCCCAAUGAAAAGCUCAGCAGCGCCACUUACUGAUGGGGGGAAGGAGAAUGUCGGUGCUGGGGAUAAACAGCAGGACGCAGAGCUGGGAGAAGAUUUCCCUCUUGUAACGGAACAAAGAAUUCAGCCAAGGGAGAAACCAUUUAAGUGCACGGAAUGUGGGAAAGGUUUCCUUCACAAUCGCUCCCUCGUGUCCCACCAAUCGACGGUUCACAAAGGGCACAAACCUUUCUCGUGUCCCGAAUGUGGGAAAUGUUUUACCCGAAAGCACAGCCUUAAAUAUCACCAAGCGGCUCACACACACGUAAAACGUUUCAAAUGUAGGAACUGCAGGAAAUGUUUUUCUCACUGGAGGGAAUUUCAGGAGCACUGUGUCACCCACACAGCGGAGAAACCAUUCACUUGCACCGAAUGUGGCAAAAGCUUCACACUAAAAUGCGCCCUUUGUAGCCACCAGAGAAUCCACACAGGGAAAAAACCCUUUAGUUGCACAGAAUGUGGGACAGGUUUCUCUUGCAACCUUAGCCUUCAGCUACACGUGAAGCGGCACAGAGGGGAGAAACCAUUCAGGUGCACGGAAUGUGGGAAAGAGUAUGCCUACAGCAGCAGCCUCCGUCUGCACAUGAAAUUACACACAGGGGAUAAACUAUUUAUCUGUACAGAAUGUGGGAAACGGUUCCUGCAGAGAAGCCUCUUUCUGCUACACGUGAAAGUGCAUACGGGGGAGAAACCAUUCAUCUGCACCGAAUGUGGCAAAAGCUUCACUCAGAAGAAGCUGCUUAUUGGCCACCAGUCCGUUCACACAGGGGAGAAACCAUUCACAUGUUCAGAGUGUGGGAAACAUUUCUCUAACAAGGGAGACCUUCUCACACACCAGAGACGUCACACAGGGGUGAAACCGUUCAAGUGCGCAGAGUGCGGGAAAAGCUUCCUUGCAAGUAGCAACUUCCGCGCCCAUCAGAGGAUUCACACAGGGGAGAAACCAUUCACGUGUACAGAGUGUGGCAAAGGCUUUGCUCUGCGUAGCUACCUCCGCGUGCACCAGAGAACUCACACGGGGGAGAGACCUUACUCAUGUGAUGUAUGUGGGAAAAGCUACGCCCAGAGCGGGGCACUUGCUGUACACAAGAGAUCUCACUGUCGGUAGAAUGUAUUGCUAUUGUGCUUCUGUUAUCAACUCAUGGUACCGCAAUUAUUGUUUCAUGGUCUAGAUGGCACUAUUCUAUAUUAUGCCUAUAUGUAAAAUAUUUUUUUUAAAAAGUUGCAUUAUUAAACGGAGCACCCCAGCAGCA